UGAAAAAUAAAAAAUAUAAUAAAGUGACACCUUAAAUAAUGGAAUUAUUAUCGCUAAAAUUUUAAAGAGAAAUAUAAGAUCCUACAACCUCGCGCAUACACUCUUCUUAUUAUUUUUCUUGUCAAUUUGUCAUUUUUUUUUCUUAGUUUUCCCCUUUAUCUCCCUUUUAGUUUCCUCUAAUUCUAAUAAACAUAAUUUUAAAUUAUUAGGAAGAAAAAAUAUUAAUGGGGGGAGGGAAAGAACGAUCAAAAGAUCGUCGUGAAAAGAGGCUCCAAGAGAUUUCGUUGCUUCGUACCAUUCCCUAUUCAGAUCAUCGACGAUGGUGGACUGCUGAAACUAUUGCAGUAGUAACGGGAGGUAAUAGAGGUAUUGGUUUUGAGAUUACUAGACAACUUGCUGGUCACGGGUUGACAGUUGUACUUACCUCAAGAGAUACUGAAGUUGGUAUUGAGGCUGUGAAAGUAUUGCAAGAAGUUGGAUUGUUGGUAGAGUUCCAUCAAUUAGAUAUUGUUGAUCCUCAAUCCAUUAAGGAUUUUGCUGAAUGGAUUCAAGAAACACAUGGUGGCCUAGAUAUAUUGGUAAACAAUGCAGGCAUCAAUUUCAAUGUUGGAUCAGAGAAUUCCGUUGAACAUGCAGAGCAAGUUAUUAGAACAAAUUAUUAUGGAACUAAAAAUGUUAUUAAUGCUAUGAUUCCCUUGAUGAGGCCUUCUUCUUCCGGUGCUCGCAUUGUGAAUAUUAGCUCAAGGCUAGGAAGAUUGAAUGGCAAAAAAAAUGUAAGUUAAAACCUAAUAUGAGAUCUAUUUUAAAAUAAAUAUCAACUUUCUACUAUUAUUAUAAAUAAUUAGAGAAACUAAUUUCAAAGCUCUAAAUUGACGAAUGUAAGAAUAAAACUAAGUGAAUAGUAUCAAACCAAGGUAUUUAACCAAAAAAAAAAAAAAA